AUGCUUGACGCAAAUUCUCAAUUUCGAUCUACUGCAGUGCUUCUAGAGCAUCAAAUUAGGAGCUCAGGGCCAGCAGAGACCUUUAAAAAUGCGUUUGAGUGUCAAUUUAAGGAGCUUGAGUGUGAGGCUUUGAAAGUCGUAAGACGAUUGGAAGUAGUCGAAGAGAUUCGCAGAGCAUCGGAAACAUGGGGGUUCAUGCAGUUGGUUAACCAUGGAGUUCCAGUUGGUGUUAUGGGCGAGAUGCUAGCUGGCGUGAGACGAUUCCAUGAGCAAUCCCAGGAGUUAAAGAUGGAGUGGUACUCGCGCGACACUGAGAAACCAGUCAGGUACUUCUGCAAUGGUGAUCUCCUUUGGAAUAAAGCACCAGCAUGCUGGAGAGAUAGCCUGGCAUUUGAUUUACCCGACGGAAAACUGGACCCUGGACUCUAUCCUCAGAUAGGCAGGGAUGCAAUUAGUGAAUAUGUCAAACACAUAACAAGACUGAGCAAGACACUAUCUGAACUGCUAUCAGAGGCAUCCUAG